UAGCCGAAUUGAGCUCUACCCCGCCCUUUCCUUUCCACAUUUGCACCGGACACGAGGUAACAAUGCCGACACCUACUCCAAUAUGGUCAGCGACCAAGGAACAGAUCGAGGCUCAUCCCCUGAAGGCUUUCAUGAGGCUUGCUAAGCAGCGCUUCGGCUUGAAUCUGCAGACCUAUGAGGACGUGCACGACUUCUCCACCAGUGACUAUCAAAGGUUCUGGCAGCUGAUCUGGGAAUUUGCUCAGAUCCAAGGACAGAAAUUCGACAAGGUCAUUUCUGACGCCAAUGCCCUGCCCGCCGACCUGCCCCAAUGGUUCAUUGGCGCCCGUUACUCCUUGGCCGAGAAUGUGCUCUUUCCUCAGUCGUACCUGGACGGAAAUGGCAAACCAGUACACUCAGUGCCCUCUCCCGAAGAUCAAGCCCUGCUAGAGAUUCCAGAAGGCGGGGGUCUCAAGGAUAGCCCAGAACACCUACAGGCCCGCGGGGUGACUUGGGGCGAGCUUCGACGUCGCGUCGCCCUCCUUGCCGAAGUUUUGAGGCGCAAAGGUGUCAAGGCCGGAGAUCGGGUGGCUAGUAUCAGUGCCAAUACCGCCAAUCCCAUCGUCACCCUGCUCGCACUGAACAGCAUCGGUGCUGUAUACGCUCUCGUUGCGACCGACGCUGGACCCGAGGCCAUCUAUUCACGACUUUCUCAGAUUCGCCCGAAGCUGAUCACGACGGACGACGUGGUCACAUACAACGGCAAGACGGUGAAUGUGCUUGGUCGAGUACAGGCUGUCGCGGAGAGACUCAAGAAGGACGGAAAGCUAGACGAUCCAGAAGCAUUCGAAGUGAUCAUCUACAGAAGCGAUCGACGAAUAGAAGGCAAAGCACCUGAGUGGUCUUCAUCGCAUGUCAAAGGCAUCAACUACGAAGAGCUGGUCAAGCGCGUGGGGCUGUCCACGACAGACAGUAUUACCCCUCGUUUCGAUCGCUUUGGUGCAAUGCAUCCCGUACAGAUCUUCUUCUCUUCCGGUUCAACGGGAGAACCGAAAUGUAUGCUUCAAGGGCAGACAAUGCUGCUCAACCUGAAAAAAGAAGCUCACUUCAGCUAUGGUCUCCGCCCCGGCGACUCCUGGCUUCAGAUCACGACCUGCGGCUGGAUCAUGUGGGCUUACCAUCUGCAAGCGCUUGGUGUCGGUGGGAGAGCCGUUUUGUUUGACGGUGCUCCUCUGUAUCCCAACCCGGCGCACAUCCCUCGACUGGCAGCCGAGCACAAGCUCACAGGAUUUGGUGCUUCUCCUCGCUACCUCACCGAGCUUGCCAAAUAUUGCUCCAGCUCUGGCUUGCGGCUGAAGAGGGAUCUUGACUUGUCCUCAAUGCGCAUCAUGACAUCGACCGGAUCUCCGCUGUCUAUCGAGAAUGCUAGAUUUUUCUACGAGGCCUUCCCUGCUCAUGUGCAUCUUGCAAGUAUGAGCGGUGGUACAGAUCUGGCUGGCACAAUCACCGGUCCACAGGCAUUGCUGCCCCUCUACGGCCAUCUCAUGCAGUCAAAGACGAUCGGGAUCGCCCUCGAGAUCUGGGAUCCUGUGACGGGAGAGAACGUAGAAGACAGUGGUCAAGCCGGAGAGUUGGUAAUCACCAAGCCGUUCCCGACGCAACCGAUAUGCUUCUUUGGCCCAGAGGACAAGAAGGAUGCCCUAGCGGCAAAGUAUCAGGAAUCUUACUUCGAGAGGUUCCCAGGCAAGAAGGUAUGGGCUCAAGGCGACUUCAUCCUGAAAGACGUGGCCACCGGAGGCUAUGAGAUCACUGGUAGAUCUGAUGGCGUCCUCAAUCCAUCUGGAGUUCGAUUUGGCUCAGCCGAGAUCUACAACGUCAUCGAGAAGUUCCCUUAUGUAGCCGACUCGGUCUGCGUGGGCCAGAGGCGACCGGGCAAAGACUCUGACGAGCGAGUGCUGCUCUUUGCGCAGAUGAGAGAGGGAGAGGAGCUGACAGACGACAGGAUUACAGAGCUAAAGGAUGCCAUCGCUCAGGCGCAUAGCAAGAGACAUGUGCCUGCCCACAUCUUCCCUGUCAAGGCGGUGCCAGUGACGCUGACGGGCAAGAAGACGGAGAUUGCCAUCAAGUCGGUCGUCUGCGGACAGGUUGACUUCAAGCCGAGCAGCGCCACUGCCAAUCCCGAAGCCCUGGAUGAGUACAGACCGUACGCUGACCUGGAAGGCGUGCUGAGGAAGAAGGGACAGGCAACAGCGUCGAAGCUGUGAGGUACGGCGGGUAAACUCCGUCGGGCAGCUUCGGUGUCAAAGAGACCGAGGAAUGCGAGGAGCUUCAUGCGAAUUUCGCCGGCUGUGGCUCCCUGAAAUCAUGGAAAAGAUUGCCAAUGCAAGCGUGGUGCAGCAAAAGUAGCGUGCCUGCAUGAAGAUGAGGCAGCACGAGCCCGCCAGAAGAGGGAGUAGAAGCCAUAGGACGGAGGAUGAGCGUCGGCGGGUCCCCCUGCCUCCUUUCUUCCCGAGCCCCAGUGUGGCGGAACAAUCGCCGAUGAUCUUUCCGCCUCCGGCUCCGAAAUGGCCGAGAGAUGGCCCGCACGUACCUGACCGGCGGGGAACAUCCGCCUGGCCCUGAUCUUGUCCAGAUGUGAUCGUAUACUGUGUGAAUCAUUGAUCAGCAUCACCGAAAGAACAUUGCACGAC